UCAGAACUGAACCAGGAGCAGCUGUGCGUCAGGAGAGGAAGACUAACUGGAUUUACUGUUUCUGAUUUAUUAUUCCUCCUCCUUCUUCUUCUUCUUCUUCUCCUUCUCCUUCUUCUUCUUCUUCUUCUUCUUCUUCUUCUUCUUCUUCUUCUUCUUCUUCUUCUUCUUCUUCGUGCAUCAAUGUUCCAUGAGGUGAGGUUGUCCCCCAUGUUGGAGUAGUCUGGGGGUUUUACGCACAGCCACCAUGCUGUUCCCCUGGGAGACCUCCUGUAACCUCACGGGGGGCAGAAACUGCACCGAGGAGUCCAACUCCACGGUGCAGCAGCUCGGGACCGGGAACCUGAGCGUGAAGGGGGACCCCUCAGACCGGUUUGGUCGGAACGAGGAGGUGGCAAAGAUCGAGAUCACGGUCCUGAGUCUGGCCUUCCUCGCGGCGGUGGUCGGGAACGUGAGCGUGCUGCUGGCCAUGUCCCGGACCCGGCGCAAGCUGUCCCGGAUGCACCUGUUCAUGAAGCACCUGAGCCUCGCGGACCUGGUCGUGGCCUUCUUCCAGGUCCUGCCUCAGCUCUGCUGGGAGAUCACGUUCCGCUUCAACGGCCCGGACCCCCUGUGCCGGAUCGUGAAGCACCUGCAGGUCUUGGGGAUGUUCGCCUCCACCUACAUGAUGGUGAUGAUGACUCUGGACCGCUACAUCGCGAUCUGCCACCCCCUGCAGACCCUCCAUCAGCCCACCCAGCGCGCGCACAUCAUGAUCGGGUCCACGUGGCUGUGCAGUCUGGUCCUCAGCACCCCGCAGUACUUCAUCUUCUCCCUGAGCGAGGUGCACCCCGGCUCGGAGGUCUACGACUGCUGGGGCCACUUCGUGGAGCCGUGGGGGGUCCGCGCCUACAUCACCUGGAUCACACUCGGGAUCUUCCUCGUGCCCGUGGCCGUGCUCGUGUUCUGUUACGGACUGAUCUGCCACACCAUCUGGAAGAACCUGAAGUAUAAGACCAGGAGGAAGAGCAUGGGGGUCAGCGCCGUGGCUGAGGCCAGUAAGUCCGGGAUCCUAGGCAGGAACUCCGUGAGCAGCGUCAGCACAAUCUCACGCGCCAAAUUACGCACGGUGAAGAUGACCUUCGUGAUCGUGUUGGCCUACGUGGUCUGCUGGGCGCCUUUCUUCACGGUCCAGAUGUGGUCUGUGUGGGAUGAGAACUUCUCCUGGGACGACUCUGAAAACGCGGCCGUGACGCUCUCCGCUCUGCUCGCCAGCCUCAACAGCUGCUGCAACCCGUGGAUCUACAUGAUAUUCAGCGGGCACCUCCUCUCGGACUUCGCCAGCAGCAUGCCGUGCUGCCGUCCUCUCAGAAACAAGUUCACCCACCAGGACUCGGACAGCAGCAUCCGGCGAACCACGCUGCUGUCUCGCCUGCAGGGUCCGCGUCUCUCUGAGCCCUUCAGAGACCUCAAUCCUACCCCGAAACCCUGCCCGUCUGCAUCAUGACCCCCGGACCACGCCGUCUCUGUUUGCUGAGGUGGAUCUGAGAGGACACAAAACACAUGAGCCGGUCUUAAUCUGCUGAUGUGAAGCAGAGAGGGGAGGUAUGAUCUCAUCGGAGGGCGCGGUCACACCUACACUUUGUUUUCUUUGGUCUGAUCCGGAGGGGAACGUUUACUUCUUCUUCUGGUGUUGGUUUGUUUAUGUUCUCAUGACCUUUAAAAUAAAGACUUUGAAUAACUCUCCUCAGUCUGCCAGAUCGGACAGAGUCAAAACAGAUCCAGUCACUGUAACUGAAGCUAUUAGCAUGAUGGCUCUGAUUGUAAUCUGUGCUGUAAUUUAACUCUUCAGAUCCAUGAUAACAGAUGAAAAUGAGCAUCUGUCAACAUGGGAUUCAUUAUGUGCCACAUGAGGAAACUACUGGCUCUCAUACGUCAACAUGUGUGUCCUAAGUCUCAUAAACUGUGGCGCUACAGGGGUCAGACCGGAUCUGCUGAAGUCUGGGUCAGUUGGACGGGUUCCAGUCUGGGUCAGUCGUAGAUAAAAUCAUAAAAUGCGUGGAAUGAAGGGAUUGAAUCUUUAAUCUUUCAAUUCUGUUGCUGCUAGUUUCCUAAAUUCAUUUUUAGACAUGUUUGAUACCUCAGAGAAACGUUAAGUCGGCCAUCUUUUAUUCAGAUAAGGAACAGGAGAGCUUCCUGUUGGAACCUACGAACGGACGGUGUUACCUCUUUCUCGUACAUGCUGGAGAAAACAUUCUUGAUUUAGUUUAUCCAUCACAGUUUGUAAAGGUUUAGCCACUAACACUACUUGGUAAAGUUAAAGACUGUGGCUGUUGUGAUAAAAUGAUAACACUAGCUCCUUCAGUUCAGUUACGUAGGUAGAAAUUGUACGUACGUAGGAACAGUACAUGAGGUAAUGUUAUGGACAUCACUUCAAAGUUGUAGUACCUCAGUCUGUUUAGUAAUGGAUUUAAUCACUCUUAAACUGCGUUGCCUGAUGUCUGCUUUUUCUCCACUAGUACCAAAUGCAUCCACUAGAGGCCGCCACCUACACAUGUGACCAUAGCCUGUGUAAAUAAUGGACAUAGUAUCCGUGACGUCACCCAUCUGUUUCUGAAGCUUUGUUUUGAGGCCGAUCGUCGGCGGCCAUAUUGCUGCUGUCAAGCGAUUGUAACAUAAAGAGGCGGGCUUUGAGCCUCCUCGCCAACAGCUACAGUGUUCCCGCCUGUCAAUCAAGUCAGCUGUGCCUCUCAUUGGAAGACUCAUAAUGUUAAUAUCUUGAUUCACCCCCCCUCACAGUGUGUGCCGAUCGAGAAAUGAUCUAUCCAGACUCCACUUGUCUUUUGAACCAGACUGUAAACAUGUUUAUUUCUGCUGUAAAGAUCGUCUCUUUGAAUUGGUGUGUAUGUGGUUUCUGGUGUUUCUGCAGCCUGCCUCUAGUGGACACUCCAUGAACUGCAGCUUUUAACACUUCUGCAUUAGACUCAUAUUUUUAGAUGGGAGGUUGCUGCUUGUUUCUAUCAUUGAAGUUAAUUUUCAUCAUGCUGAUUUAUAUCCAAGUGUUCAUGCUUCUGAGAAAUGUGUGAAACAUGAUUGACAGUGUGGUGUUUGUUUCUGGAUUAGCAUCAUAAAAAGGGGAAAGGCACGAGAAAAUGAAAUGGUAAAUGGUAAAUGGACUUGUACUUAUAAAGUGCUUUUCUAUUCUUUCUGUCCACUCAAAGCACUUUAACACUACUCGCCACAUUCACCCAUUCAUACCCAUUCACUCACUGAUGGUAGAGGCUGCUACAGUAAGGGACCAUCAGUGUUAGCUAAUCUCAUUCGUUCACAUUCGCACACCUCUGAACAACAGAGGGAUCAGUUCAGUGUCUUGCUCAAGGACACUUCGGCAUGUGACCGCCGGAGCUGGGAUAGAACCGCCAACCUUUCAAUUGAGAGACGACCGACUCUACCCACUGAGCCACAGCCGCCCCAAACAGCUCAUAGUGUCUUCAUUCAACUUCAGAAUCUGUUCUGCAGUAAAUCUGAGCCGACCUGAAGAAUCUUUGACAUCUCAUUCAGAAGUUAAACGUCACAUUAUGUCACAUCCUGCAGCUCUGCAUGCCUCAGCUCCAACAUAUGUCACCAGCACAUUAUGCUAACGCCUGUUGCAUCAGCAUUUUGGCUUUGUUUGUUUUUACAAUGGAGGCAAUCAAAGUGCGUCGUCCAUGUUUAUAUACGGUCAUUGCUGCAGUGUUUUUCAACCUUUUAUCAGCCAAGGCACAUUAACACCAAAAGUGUUACAAAAUGACACAUUUAGUCUCUCAAUUCAUGAACCUAUUUAUCUGAGAGAGGGACUUUGGCUACUUCUUUAACUGCGUCAGGGUGAAGCAUCUCAUUUACAAUGGCUUUCCACCGCCCAAAUUACACUCUUCAUCCGGGUUAGAAUUCUGAAUAUUUAUCCAUCGCUGUUGUACGCCUUCGUCUUGUCACACACACCUCUACAAUUCUAUUUUCUUAAAUUAACACAGUCAUUAGUGUGCUAUAUUGUCACCCAGUGGGGGGGCAGUGCAGGUCAGUACAUGGUUGAGUAUUGAAUUACUCCACCAGUCACUACACUGCAGGCUCAGACACACUACAUGGGAAAUGAUUUGCAGAAUAUGAAUCAUAUUUUUUGGACUAAUUAAGUGAAAUUGGAAAAUGUCCAAAGGCUCACCUGACGAUCUGUCACGGCACACUGUCUCACACGGCACAGUGGUUGAAAAUCACUGCAUUAAACUGUGUAAAUAAUGCGCUUUAAAUAUGCUGCACUGCAUGCAUGCACACGAAUAUCUCAAUGCACUGUCACAGCAUUUUUAAAGGUACUUAUAACUAGUUUUAUUAUCACUUGAUCAGCGAAUCAGUACAAUACAGAAAAGUUAACUCCAAACUAAACAAGUUUAAAUAUUCUGAUUUGUUUUCCAAACACAGUUACGCUCACUGAGACCAGGCUCACUGAGACCAGGCUCACUGAGACCAGGCUCACUGAGACCAGGCUCACUGAGACCAGGCUCACUGAGACCAGGCUCACUGAGACCAGGCUCACUGAGACCAGGCUCACUGAGACCAGGCUCACUGAGACCAGGCUCACUGAGACCAGGCUCACUGAGACCAGGCUCACUGAGACCAGGCUCACUGAGACCAGGCUCACUGAGACCAGGCUCACUGAGACCAGGCUCACUGAGACCAGGCUCACUGAGACCAGGCUCACUGAGACCGGCUCACUGAGACCGGCUCACUGAGACCAGCUCACUGAGACCAGCUCACUGAGACCAGCUCACUGAGACCAGCUCACUGAGACCAGCUCACUGAGACCAGCUCACUGAGACCAGCUCACUGAGACCAGCUCACUGAGACCAGCUCACUGAGACCAGCUCACUGAGACCAGCUCACUGAGACUAACCCGGGAGGUUACUGUCAAUAAAAGAAUAUAAAACACUACACAUGUAUGAAACAGUGAUCUGUAAAUGCACACCAGCUUUGGAUCAUCAGUGAUGUCUGUAGUCUGUAAAUGUUCUCAGAUGUGAUAGUUUGUACAGUCCUGAUGAAAUGAUUGUAAGCUUUUUUAAAUGUACUUAAUCAGCAGACACUAUGAUGGUUAUUAUGUGGAAGGAGUGUAUAAAGAUAGAGAAUUUAAUGUCCUAUAUUGUGAUUUAAUAUGUUUAAUUGGAGUGAAAUGAACCCUGUGAAUAUCUUUGACAUGUUUGGACUCUGUAAUGCUUCAGCUUCACUCAUUAAGCCUCUCUAGAGAGUCUCUCUGUCGCUGCUGUAAAGAUGUUGAUCCGCUGUAACUCUGUACUCCAGUAUGUCGUUCAAACAUGUAUUUUAUUGUAAAUUGUAAAUAAAUGAUAAAUAUCCUGUGCGUCAUCAGACGUCGUGCUUCUGUCUCUGCUCCAGGUUGUUUGUGGUUCUUGUGUAACUGCAGUGACUCAGAUGCUUUUAAUUUUUGGUGUUUUAAAGAGAAGAAAAACAACAACAGCUCUCGACACGGGGGACAAUGGAGAGUGGUGACCUGUCCUGGUGGAAGACUAAUUCAUCUGUUGUUUUGAAGCUGUGUCAGAGACUGAAAUAGCUCAAUAAAUGUUAAAUGGAUUUUAAAAAUCUGUA